AGAUAACAAAAAAAAAAAAAGACUACAAAUAUAGAAAAGGCGCAACAUUUUUACUCUUAUUAGUACAACAAAAAAAAUUCGUUUUGAAAGGAAAUAUAUUUUAUUAUUUUAUGUUGCACGCAAUAAACACGGAAAAACACGCAUAGCACGCAGAGAUAUAUUUAUGCUAAAGUUGCGAUAUUAUAUUUUUAAAACGUCGAUAUCUCGAACGAAUGUCGACAGACUUUAUCAACGCGGAUUGGUCGAACGGAGAGAUCACGUGAUCAGCACAGCAUUACAUAGAACGUGGUAUCGACUGCUGGAUUUUCGUCUGUUUAAAUGACAGAAUGAAUACAUCUUUACUUCUGCGUAUCUCAAGGUUUAAACCAAUUCUGGUUAAAAACUUGAAUUGUUGGACAGCAGCUAUAACAAAGAAACACCAGAAUGUUUAUGUAAAUACAUAUCCUACCGUUCUUGUUCUCCCCGAUGGAAGUAGCAUAAACAUUGAAUAUAAUGAACCGAGAAAAAUAAUUGUCCUUCCAAUCGACAUCUCAAAACUUUCGGAAGAACAACAGAGGAUUAUGAUUAGUAAACGCAAGCCAAAGACUAAGAUCGUUCUAGACGAGGAGCAAGAAGAUGAUUUCAAUGAAAUGAAAUAUAUAAAAAUGAAGAAACGAUAAUUAGAAAAAAAAAGAAAAAAAAAAAUACUUCUAAUCAUAUUUAAGGAUUUCUGCAUGUUAAUAAAAUGACAAAAAGAAUUGACGUAAA